CUACUACUACAUUUUCGAGAAAAGCGAAACGGUCCUAAAUCGGUGUGCAACAACGGAAAGGGGAUUCAAAUUCAAACUUGGUCAUUUGGCUGAUUGGCUCCGGCUACCGCUUUUUCCCUCCACCUCCUGAUCUCUCUCAAACCAAACCCUGCUCCGGCGAAAUGGCGGCGAGCGCCAGCAAUCAGCUUUCCACGCCGUCCAAGACUCCUCACUCCAGAAAACACCAUCUCCACCACCAAAACAACUCCUCUUCGUCGUCUAGGUUCGAAGCCUACAAUCGCUUGCAAGCAGCAGCGGUAGCAUUCGGCGAGAAACUCCCCAUCCCGGAGAUCGUAGCCAUUGGCGGCCAAUCAGAUGGCAAGAGCUCCCUUCUCGAAGCGCUCCUCGGUUUCCGCUUCAAUGUCCGCGAGGUCGAGAUGGGUACUCGCAGACCUCUUAUACUCCAGAUGGUCCAUGACCCCACCGCUCUCGAGCCCCGUUGCCGUUUUCAGGAAGAGGAUUCCGAGGAAUACGGCAGUCCUAUUCUUUCCGGACCUGCAAUUGCAGAUGUUAUAAAGUCGCGGACGGAGGCACUUUUGAAGAUCACAAAAGCUGCGGUUUCUGCUAAGCCACUUGUGAUGAGGGCUGAAUAUGCACACUGCCCCAAUCUCACAAUCAUUGAUACCCCUGGCUUUGUCCUCAAGGCUAAGAAAGGAGAACCAGAGAACACACCGGAUGAAAUCAUUUCCAUGGUGAAGUCACUGGCUAGCCCUCCACAUCGGAUCAUCGUGUUUCUUCAACAGAGUAGUGUUGAGUGGUGCUCAUCAUUGUGGUUGGAUGCAAUUCGUGAAAUCGAUCCCUCUUUCAGAAGGACAGUAAUUGUUGUUUCCAAAUUUGACAAUCGUCUCAAGGAGUUCACUGAUCGUUGGGAAGUAGAUCGCUACUUGAGUGCAAGUGGAUACCUUGGAGAGAAUUGUCGCCCAUUCUUUGUUGCCCUUCCGAAGGACAGAAGUAUAGUCUCGAAUGAUGAGUUCCGCAGGCAAAUAUCUCAUGUGGACUCUGAAAUCCUGUGUCAUUUGCGUGAUGGUGUCAAGGGUGGGUUUGAUGAAGAGAAGUUUGGUACACAUAUUGGCUUCAGUAGCCUCAGAGACUUUUUGGAGUCCGAACUUCAAAAGAGAUAUAAAGAUGCCGCACCAGCUACUCUAGCUUUGCUUGAGCAGCGUUGCAGUGAAGUUGGCAUAGAGCUGGCUAGAAUGGACUCCAAAAUAGAGGCUACAUCUGAUGUUGCUCAUCUUCGCAGAUCUGCUAUGUUGUAUGCAGCUUCCCUAAGUAAUCAUUUGCGAGCUCUGAUUGAUGGAGCAGCAGAUCCUGCCCCAGAGCAGUGGGGCAAAACAACUCAAGAAGAACAGUCAGAGAGUGGUCUAGAUAGUUGGCCCGGUGUAGCAGUGAAUAUAAGACCUCCUAAUGCCUCUCUCAAGCUUUAUGGAGGAGCGGCUUUUGAGAGAGUUAUGCAUGAAUUCAGGUGUGCCGCAUAUUCCAUUGAAUGCCCUCCAAUCUCGAGGGAAAAGGUAGCCAACAUAUUAUUAGCUCAUGCUGGACGUGGUGGAAACAAAGGUGUAGUAGAAGCUUCUGCCGAGAUUGCUCGUUCUGCUGCUCGCUCAUGGCUUGCUCCCCUACUUGACACAGCAUGCGAUCGUCUGGCUUUUGUUUUGGGGAACCUUUUUGAUAUUGCCCUGGAAAGAAGCCAUUUUCGUGAACUAGAGUAUGGGAAGAAAAACGGAAACAUGGAAGGCUAUGUUGGUUUCCAUGCUGCACUGAGGCGAGCUUAUAACCGAUUCAUUAGCGACCUUACUCAGCAGAGCAAGCAAUUGAUCAGACAUCACCUUGAUUCAGUGACAAGCCCAUAUUCGGAAGUCUGUUACGAGAGUGACUUUCACGGAGGCAUUGGCUCAAGUAAUUUGAGAUUCGGCCAAGCCUCUUCUACUAUUCCAUUUUGCUUGGAGCUGUCAAACGGUGGGAGCUCAUGCCACAACAAUGAAGAGAAAAGAGAACAAGAGAACAUCCCUCCAGAAAAGAGCAAUGCACAAGAAACCACCCCAGGAAAAGGCGGCGGUGAAACAAGAGAAGCUCUGAAAGAAAGCAAUAUGACUGUGCCUGAGACGCCCUCUCCUGAGAUGCCAUGUGAGGUUGUGAAGAAGGACAACGGACACUACGUGGAACUUGGACCCAGAAAGCGGAUUUCACGAAUGACGGGAAAUGGCAGAAACCAUGAGCUCGUGAAACUUCAGAACGGCGACAGCCGCCUUCUUGUGUUUGGCAAUAAUGGGGAUACGGGCUCGAGGGCAGGAGGCUCAGCGUACUCGGACAUUUGCUCCUACGCUGCCCAACAUUUUGCUCGAAUACGUGAACUUCUGCUUGAACGGAGCGUGACGUCGACUUUGAACUCCGGUUUUUUGACACCCUGCCGAGACGAGCUGGUAGUGACACUUGGACUGGAGCUGUUUGCUGCAACAGACGACAAGUUCAUGGAGAUGUUCGUGGCACCUGGCGCCAUUGAUGUGCUGACAAACGAACGGCAGUCGCUUCAGAAGAGACAGAAGAUACUCCAAUCUUGUUUAACUGAAUUCAAGACCAUAUCUCAGACACUCUGAUUGAGGAAGAAGGGCACACUUGGAGGGAACCUGUUGUCGCCGGCCGGCCACCAGAUUUUGGUUAGUUGUUUGCUGCCGUGGUUAUCUCAUCCACACAGAGACAGAAUCUACUUGUUGACUGUUGUAACUUGUAACCUCCUAAAAAGCCCAAGAUUUUGAUUCUAUCUCUAUCAUCGGGGGGAAAGGAUGUGGUGACCAAGCUCGUGCCUUUAGUUCUUCAUAAAUUUGUGUAAGAUGGCAAAUUGUCCUUAAAUUUAAGGAGAUUGUACGGGCCGGUUAUAAUAUGAUAAUAAUAUUAAAAAAAUGUUUCAAGUUUAAAUUUCAGUAAUAUGUCAAUUCUCUUUCAAUUCAUGUGAUGAUUAUAUGUCAAUGUUUGAAUUAAAAAAUAGUGUUAUUCAUUUUCCAAAAUAGCAAGAUUUUUUUUUUUUUUUUACUAUUAAGCAAGUGGGUUGCAAUUUAAUAACAGUAAUUAACAAAGGUUUUUAUGUCACUCUUACAACAAAACUUCAACGAAGGUUUCUAGUUUAAAUUUCAAUAAUCUUUCUCUCCUCUUAUAUUUGUGUCAUGAUUAUAUGUCAAUAUGUCAUGCCAAUUAACAAAAAAUGGUAAAUUUAACAACAUAGCAAUGCAGUUUCUUAGUUUUUUACUGAUACGAAAGUUAAAUUAUUCAAUCGUCGAUAAGAGCAUCCAUCAUACAUAUUACUACAUUGUAAUCAUUGUAUUCUAUGCAGAUUUUGGUUGAAAUUAAAACGAUAGGACUCAUGCAAGGGAAUAUCACCUCAUGCUAAACUUAAUGACACAAUGUGAUAGGUAUUCCAAAAUGAUUGAUUCAAAUUCUUUACCAUCAAGAAUCUCCAUCAUCAACUGAUAUUGAAUGAAUAGUCUUUUCUCAAGCAACCAUAGGAGCUUAAUCUCAUUUUUUAUCAUAAAAUAAUUAAAAUAAAAUAAUGUAAGUUGCAUUUAUAAGUUUCGACAUAAUAAGAAAGAUUUAAUUAAUAUUGUAAGAAUUUUAUCUUGUGUGAAGUUCAAUCACUUUAGGAAAAUCAAGAUCAGGUAGCUCCAAUGUAUGUGAAUAACUUUUCAUCCACAAAGGUGGCCAAUCAUGAAUAGAUGAUAAAUAACAAUUUAAGUAAAAAUAAUAAAAAAUAAUCUAAGUUGCAUAUUUAAGUUUCAACCUAAUAAGAAAGAUUUUUUAACAUUGUUAGAAUGUUACCUUGUGUUUUAAUAAGUCGCACAAUUGGUUUUGGCCGAUCUCCUUAAUACAAUUAAGAUUUAACCAUACCAAAUUACCAACGAUAAAAUAAUAUGAGGCUACUCGAGUACUCCAUCACUUUCGUAUGGAAUUAUGGGCCCACUCUGUAUGACCAAUUGGCCAUAAACAUAGUUAAAGCCCCCUUCGUCCUCGCUCAUGUGGAAUUAUGUGCCCAUUAAAAUGUUAUUUUUACUAAACUGUCCCUCCUUUCUCUGCGCAUGAAUCAGGAAAUUUGAAACUAAAGGGGUCUAAGAGGAGAACCUCCAUACUGCCCCUCGGUUUUCUGCGCAAGAAUCAGGAAAUUUGAAACUGAAGGGGUCUAGGAGGAGAACCUCCAUAUAAUAAGGGGAGGAUAUGGAAAAAUUUGGCAAAACCCCAAUGUUCUUAGUCCUAGAAAAACAGAGAGAUGAUAAAUCGAUGAGAUAGUUAAUAUUUUGUGACAUAUUGAAAUUUAUGGCGAUAUUGACAUAAUAAAAGGAGUACUCGACA